AUGGACGCCAUUAUGACAAAAAUUGAGUGCCCCACUCAUUCACCAGAACUUGUCCAGAAUCUAAGCUGCCGUUUACAUAAAAAAUCACCAAAUUCUGGAUCAAAAUCAUAUUCCGCUGAAUUUUCCUUAAGAAAAGACGUAAAUGACGUCAGAGGAGUUUACGUAUUUUCCUUCAAACACGGCUCAUCCUUAAUCAACUACACUGCAUCGGAAAUGGACUAUUGUCAGGCAUUAGCAGCUCUACACUCACAAUUUUUGUAUAAGAUGAUUGCCGACGAGCUGCGACGAGUUUCAAAUUUUCCACUGCAUUGCCCUUUUAAAAUGAACAAGAGGUAUUUUAUUGAUGAAUAUACCAUUAACUCAAAGCUAAUACCCAGCUAUUCGCCGGAAAUGGUUUUUACUUCGGACUGCAACAUAUUCAUUAAGAAACGAAGAGCUAUACAAUUAACCAUCCAUGGUCGUAUAGUUCGCCGUUGA